UUCACUUCCCACUUCUGUGUUUCAAGAAGCUUCUGAAGACCAGAACAGAGUCCAUUGCAUCAGCGCUGUUCCCAGGUAGAACACCACCACUUCCAGUCACCAACCACAGCAGCAGGGAGAUAGGCUCCUGAGAAGACCCAACACCAUGGAAGAUGAGAGGAACAACCUUCUCCAGCCAGGACAGCAAGCACGGAGUUCUUGUGGGCGUGGAACUGUCUACAGUGCCUUUUCGGUCCUGAUGGCUUUGCUGAUUGCUGGCCAGGCAGUUACUGUCUACUUUGUAUAUCAGCACAACAACCAGAUUACGAAGCUGACCAUGAAUACCAAUGAACUGAAACUGGACUCGCUGGCCAAGAAUCUCCCUCACAAGUCCAAGUCGACUAACAACAUGAAGAUGGCCAUGAUGAAUAUGAUGCCCCUUGCCCUGAGAGACUCUGAGUCUUUGGAGGAGGAAGCCAAGCUGACCAACAGCACUGAAGACCAAGUCAAACGCGUGCUCAUGCGCGGAAACCCUACCCGAAAGUUUCCUGAAUUGAAAAACAGCUUCCUAGAAAACAUGAGUCAGCUGAGGAGACACCUGGGUUAUGAGGACUGGAUGGCUUUUGAAAACUGGAUGCACAAGUGGCUCCUCUUCCAGUUGGCCCAAAAUGAGAAAGCUGAAGAAACUGCAAAAACCAAGUGCCAGCAAGAAGAGUGUGCUCAGGGGGUCCACCCAGGAAGAUUCUGUGCCCAGUGCGAUGAAAAUGGUGACUAUCUGCCUAAGCAAUGCCAUACCAGCACUGGGUAUUGCUGGUGUGUCUACCAAAAUGGCACAGUGAUUGAGGGCACUAAAAGCCGAGGACAUCUGGAGUGCACUGGGAAGGGGGGAAAUUUGGAUCCUGAGAAUGUGACUUCUUCAGGGCUGGAGCUCAUCUAGCGGAAUGCUCAAGGAAAUGUCCAACCCAGAAGGUUGCACAGCCACAGCAGCCCAAGAAGCUCAGCUGAUCUUCUUCUGCUUGCAUUAGUUUCUGCCAUACUUCUGUAUUGAUUUCUUGAAUUAGGUUAGCAGCAACCACUUCUAAAUUCCUAGGCUUAAGCAUUAUCUGUAAUGGAAGGGUUGAUUAAAUAUCAUUGCCUGCUGAGCUCAGUCCUGAAUUACCUUUUCAAAGGAGCAGCCCUUGUCUGACCAAGGUUUGACAGCAAAAGGUUCUGAGCCGGAAAAGUUGAUGUUUUCUUUAAUAUUCCGCUCAUGGAGAGAGGAUCGUUUUGGCCGACUAAAGCCCGCAAUAGCAUUUGUAACACACAGCUUUCAUGAGUAGUAAAGCAUUCACUGCUGCCUUUCCACAACAAUGGCAUUGCUAGUACAACAUCUUCUGUAAUGCAAGUUGUUUCCCUUCCAACAGAGCAUGAAGAAAUAUAUACUCUCACUUUUAAACCAGCCCUACAAGACACAGGAGGGGCCCCAAUUCUUAUCAAAUGUUUCAUUAAGGUUGCAAUCCUAUUUGUGUUUAAACAGAAAAGGCCUACAAUUCCCAGCAUUCCUCAGCCAUGCUGGGUGAGGAAAGCUGGGAGGUGUAGGACUUUUGUGUAUUACUUAUUGACCCUGUUUAGAUAACAUGCUAAGCCACACUGGUUAAGCAUAUUGAGCUAAACAUUAUGGCUUAGCGUGUCGUGUGAACCAUUCCCAAAUAUGGUUGUUACAUAACCAGUUUUUAAACACGCUCACUAACCAUUUACUGCAAGAAUUAAUGCCUAACCAUGGCUCAGUAUGUCAUCUGAACAGGCCCUAUGUAAGAUUUAAAUAUGGUACUGAAAGAUUCUAUAUUUAUGUGAAUCUAGAACACCCAGUUCUGUAUCCUGUGGAGUUGGUCGUGUACCCAUGACAGUUCCCGCUUAGCCUAGGACCUACUUUAAAGACAUUUCUUAUAUAAGAAUAGUAAGGCUAUAGGUAAGGCUAUCACCAUUACAGGCUUCUUCUUUCUCACACAAAGCAAUAAUAUGUUUCUUCAGUUAUGUAAGCAUGCAGUGUGCUUGUUUUUUUAUAUACUACUAGAAAAAGAUAGGGAAUUUGAUGUUCUUAUACCAAAUUGUAGCUGGUGACAUGCUAAUUAUGUAUUUUCUAGGUAUGUAUGUUGAAUAUAUAUAAGGAUUGUUAACAAACUCACCAAGAUGAUGAUUUUAAUUAGAAGCUUUUGAAAAAUAAAAAUAACCCACUAAUGAA